AUGUCUGCGGCUUCAAACAUCUACCUUGCCGAUCCUGCAUUGCCCGUCCUUGCUGAUGCCCUGCUCAGGCAAACCGAGACAGCAGACACAUAUCCUAUUUCGAAUAACGCACCCCCCAAAAGCAACUGGAAUCUCCAAGAAGACUGGAUCAAGGGAUUCCAAUCUUCUGGCCAGGGUAUCUUUCGCCCAGGCACCGUGUUAGCGUUUUCCAGGCUCCAAGGGAGAAGCGACGAGAGCAACGAGUACAUCGCACAAAUCCCCCGCUAUCUUUUGAUCAAACAGCUGCGGAGUAUUACUCCAUCACAUGAGACAAGCGCCUUCAUCAUUCAUCCGGGCAGCUUUGAAGGCUUUGCCCCCAGAACACUACUCUGGGAUCUGCAAUCAUCAUUGGAAGAACAGCCCGGACUUCCAAAAGAAGAAGCCAUACGAAGACUCGACUCUGUUCAGCUCUUCCCCGUGCAUAGUUUCAUCAACGCCGCCCAGGCUAUCGCGAAGGUCUCCGAUGUAUUACAGGGAGCCGGAGAAAACCAAGAGCACUCGACGGAGUCCAAUUCCCCAGAAAAGACCCCAAUCUUUUUGAUUGUGGUAGGCCUUGAUUAUUUCACUGAAGGUGUCAUCCGGUCCUCCAACCCGGCCAAAGGCGCGGCCUACUUAACAGCUACACUACGCACAUUGACGCGAUUGUCUCGCGUCUACCCCCAUCUUUCAGUCAUGCUCGUCAACACAAGCGGACUGGGAAACUUGAAUUCAGGAUGGGACAAACAUCCUCAGUCGACAGGUCAAGCCCAUGGAAACGAGGGUGCAAGAAAUCCCCUGGAAGAGGGAAUUCACUCCGUCUUCCAUACGGACAUACCCUCCCUUUUCCCUACUCUGCUCAUGAAAACACUGGACCAAGGCAUCGAUACUCACCUGUUACUUUCUCAUUCGGGGGGAUCACAGGUGAUUGAGGUGAUCAAAGAUCGAGUGGGAGACGGUCUCGGGAGAUGGGGGAUAUGGAAACAGCAAUGA